GACAGAGCUGUGGCAGGGAGCAGAUCUUCACCCAUCUCUGUGCCUCCAGCUGACUCAAAUGUACCAUGUCCCAGCACCUGCUUCUCCCACUUGCCAUCCUUGCCAUAAGCCCCAUCCCAGGAGCCUUCCAGGACUCAGCUCUCAGUCCUACCCAAGAAGAACCUGAACAUCUGGACUGCGGUCGCCCUGAGCCCUCUGCCCGAAUCAUGGGGGGCUCAGACUCGCAGCCGGGCACCUGGCCGUGGCAGGUGAGCCUGCAUCAGGGCGGGGGCCACAUCUGCGGGGGCUCCCUCAUCGCCCCCUCCUGGGUCCUCUCGGCCGCUCACUGUUUCGUGACGAAUGGGACCUUGGAGCCCGCGGCCGAGUGGUCGGUAGUGCUGGGCGUGCACUCCCAGGACGGGCCCCUGGACGGCGCGCACGUCCGCGCGGUGGCCGCCAUCCUGGUGCCGGACAACUACAGCGGCGUGGAAAGGGGUGCCGACGUGGCCCUGCUGCGCCUGGCCUCUCCCGCCAGGCUGGGCCCCGCCGUGCGGCCCGUCUGCCUGCCCCGCGCCUCGCACCGCUUCGUUCACGGCACCGCCUGCUGGGCCACGGGCUGGGGGGACGUCCAGGAGGCCGACCCCCUGCCUCUCCCCUGGGUGCUACAAGAAGUGGAGCUAAGGGUGCUGGGAGAAGCUGCCUGUCAGUGUCUCUACAGCCGGCCUGGUCCCUUCAAUCUCACUUUCCAGCUAUUGCCAGGGAUGCUGUGUGCUGGCUACCCAGAGGGCCGCAGGGACACCUGCCAGGGAGACUCUGGGGGGCCCCUGGUCUGCAAGGAAGGUGGCCGAUGGUUCCAGGCGGGAAUCACCAGCUUUGGCUUUGGCUGUGGACGGAGGAACCGCCCCGGAGUCUUCACUGCUGUGGCUCCCUAUGAGGCAUGGAUAAGGGAACAGGUGUUGGGCUCAGAGCCUGGCCCUGCCUUUCCCACCCAGUCCCCGGAGCUCCAGUCAGGUCUCCCCGAGCCCACGGAUGAGAACUGCACCAUCGCCCUGCCAGAGUGCGGGAAGGCCCCGAGGCCAGGGGCCUGGCCCUGGGAAGCCCAGGUGAUGGUCCCAGGAUCCAGACCCUGCUAUGGGGCACUGGUGUCUGAAAGCUGGAUCUUGGCACCUGCCAGCUGCUUUCCAGGCCGCAUCAGCUCAGACCUCCCACCCCGCGACCUGGACAACUGGCGCGUGAUGCUGCCCUCGCGCCCGCGCGCGGAGCGGGUGGCACGCCUCGUGCCACAUGAGAACGCCUCGUGGGACGACGCCUCGAACCUGGCGCUGCUGCAGCUGCGCGCGCCCGUGAACCUGAGCGUGGCCCCGCGGCCAGUGUGCCUACCCCACCCAGAACACUAUUUCCUGCCCGGGAGCCGCUGCCGCCUGGCUCGCUGGGGCCACACGGAACCAGUGCCCGGAGCCGGUUCGCUGCUUGAGGCGGAGCUGUUGGGCGUCUGGUGGUGUCAUUGCCUGUACGGCCGCCAGGGGGAGUCAGUGCCGCCGCCGGGAGAGCCGCCUCUAGCUCUCUGCCCCGCCUACCAGGAGGAGGAGGAGGCGGGCCGCUGCUGGAACUACUCUCAUUGGAGCCUUCUAUGCCGGGAAGAGGGGACCUGGUUCCUGGCUGGAAUCAGAGACUUACCCAGUGACUGCCUGCGUCCCAGAGCCUUCUACCCGCUGCAGACCCACGGCCCAUGGAUCAGCCAUGUGACUCGGGGAGCCUACCUGGAGGACCAGCUGGCCUGGGACUGGGGCCCUGAGGGGGAGGAGACUGAGACACAAACUUGUCCCCCUCACACAGAGCAUGGCGCCUGUGGACUGCGGCCAGAGCCGGCUCUGACGGGGGGCCUGUGGCCCUGGCUGGCAGAGGUGCAUGUAGCUGGAGAGCGAGUCUGCACUGGGAUCCUCGUGGCCCCAGGCUGGGUCCUGGCAGCCACUCACUGUAUCCUCAGGCUGGGCUCUACAACAGUGCCUUAUAUUGAAGUGUACCUGGGCCGGGCUGGGGCCAGCCCCCUCCCACAGAGUCACCAGGUAUCCCGGCUGGUAAUGAGCAUCCGCCUGCCCCGGCACCUGGGACUUCGGCCCCCCCUAGCCCUCCUGGAGCUGAGCUCCCGGGUGGAGCCCUCCCCAUCAGCCUUGCCCAUCUGCCUUCACCCAGGGGGUACUCCCCUGGGGGCCAGCUGCUGGGUGCUGGGCUGGAAGGACCCCCAGGACCGAGUCCCUGUGGCUGCUGCUGUCUCCAUCUUGACACCACGACUCUGUCACUGCCUCUAUCAGGGCAUUCUGCCCCCUGGAACUCUCUGUGUCCUGUAUGCAGAGGGGCAGGAGGACAGGUGUGAGGUGACCUCAGCACCUCCGCUCCUGUGCCAGACUGAGGAAGGCUCCUGGGUCCUCGUGGGCAUGGCUAUUCGAGGCAGCAGGGAGCUAUUUGCCGCCAUCGGACCGGAAGAGACCUGGAUCUCCCAGACAGUGGGGGAGGCACAUUUCCUGCCCCCCAGUGGCUUCCCCCACUGGCUCCCAGAAGGUGGCGACCUCUGUCCCCCUGACAUGGCCAGGGCCUCAGGUUCCCCUCGAGCUGCUCUCUUCCUGCUGCUACUGACCCUCCUGAUCCAGGGCUGAGGGGGCCUGGGUCCCUGGGCCGCCUCCCCUUCACCUCCCCCACCCCCUCCAGCCCUCUGCUUCCUACCUGGUGGGGCUGGAAUGUGGCCCAACCGGCUCUGUUCCCUUACCCAGAACCUCCUGAGCGCCCCACCCACCUAGACUGCAGCGGCUUCAGACAAUUGGGCCUCAGUGCCCAGCUAUUUUGGGCCCUGGCAUGCUUGAGGGCAGGGGGAGCCAGUAGACCACAAAGGUGUAAACAGAGA